CACGCUUGUUCACGCAGGACAUCAAGGUCAAUCAUGAAGGUGUUUGUGGUACUUGCAGUUGUGGCAUUUACUGGUUGCCAUGCCAACAUCCUGUGGCCAGAGCAGCCAAAAUCGCAGCUGGAGCAGGUGAAAGAUGCAUUCUGGGACUAUGUUGCUAAGGCAACGCAAACAGCUGAAGACACCCUGCAGACUAUCAGACAGUCAGAGCUGGGCCAGGAAGUCAAUGCUAAGAUCACAGAGAGCGCAGAUCUGGCCAGCCAAUACGCAGUCUCUCUGCGCAGUCAGGUGACUCCUCUGGCCCAGGACCUUCUGAACAAAAUCACCCAGGAGGCCGAGCUGCUGAAGGAGCGUCUGGGGCAGGACGUGAGCACGGUGAGGGCCCAGCUGGAGCCCUACGCAGAGGAGCUGAGGGCCAACAUCGAGCAGCAGGUGGAGAAGCUGCGGCAGGAGGUGGCCCCCUACACAGAGUCCCUGGACACUGAAGCCCUGAAGGCCACCCUGCUCCAGAAGAGCGAGGAGCUGAAGCAGACCCUGGAGCAGAGAGUGCAGGAGCUGCAGGCCCAGCUGGGCCCCUACACUGAGGAGCUGAAGGAGAAAGUGGAGCAGCGUCUGCAGGAGUUCCAGCAGAGUGUGGCUCCCCUGGCUGAGAGCCUCCAGACCCAGCUGGCCCAGAGAGCCAAGGUGCUUCAGCAGAGUCUGGCGCCCUACGCUGAAGACCUGAGAGAGAAGCUGGACCCCUACGCCCAGGACCUCAAGUCCCAGCUCACUGCUCUCUGGGAGUCCUUUGCCAAGAGCAGAGAAACUCUCUGAACUUGCCAAUUCCGUAGAACUCUCCUCUUUAGGACUAUAUGACUAUAUGACUAAUGAGGUUGACCCCUGAUUGUAAAGUGAAAUGUACCCUGCACUUUGUUCCAUUCUUCCAAUAUGUAUUUGAAUGUAUCUUUGCAACCCGAAGCCUAUAAGGCUAUUUGCACUAAAUAUGGAUCGGAAACUGUGCUAUAAUGUGUUUGAUGGACACUUGUGUCUCUUGUUUCACUAAUUUAUGACAAUACAACUAUAAAGAGGAAA